CAUCGUCACACACUUCUCUCAAAUUAUUCCAUAUUCUUCUAAUUUCUCUAUUAUUUCACUUCAAAAUCAUUAGAUUCUUGCACAACACAACAACGAACUAGCUCCCAAGCUUAAGCUUUAUCUUCUUUAGAUUUGCCUUUGGCUCUCUCUCCCUCUCUCAAUCUCUCUCUCUCUAUAUAUAAUGCAAAUGACUGAGAGAGGCCGAGCCAUGUGGCGCACCUGCCUAGCCUCAGCUUUCCGAACAGCUCUAGCCUGUACAUUCGUUGGCGCAGCUACACUUUACGGCCCCGAAUGGAUCAACCGCCACGUGGCAUUCCCGGCCUUCUCUUACGUUACAGUUAUCCUCAUCAUCACCGACGCUACACUCGGAGACACGCUACGUGGCUGCUGGUUAGCUCUUUACGCCACGUGUCAGAGCGUGGGACCUGCGAUAGUCACGUUAAAGCUUAUAGGACCAGCUCGUCUCACGGCCGAAACCACUGCUCUCGCCGCGGCUCUAGCAGCGUUCGUGGUGGUGCUACCUAACAGUUCUACCCACUUGGUGGCUAAGAGAAUCGCGUUAGGCCAGAUCGUUCUCAUUUAUGUUAUUGGUUAUAUAAAAGGAGCUGAGACUGAUCCGGUCAUGCACCCUCUUCGAGUGGCGGCUAGCACCGCGCUUGGUGUUGUAGCUUGCGUUCUUGCACUUCUCGUCCCACUUCCUCGCUUGGCUACUUGUGAGGUGAAACAAAGCAGCAAAGAGCUUGGUCAGAACAUAACGACGAGAGUGAAGUUGUACAUGAAGGCUUUUUGCACCGAGGAUGCCAUGUCAGCAACGGCGUCAGUCUCACAGGCUCGAGUGCUGGCUCGUACUUCCUCCAAGCUUUAUCAAACAAUCAAACGUUACCAACCAAGCAUGACAUGGGAGAGGCUUCCAUUUAAGAUAUGGAGGUGGCAAAACGUGAAUGAUAACAAAGGAGAGAAACUACAAAGCAUGGAGAUUGCUCUUAGAGGAAUGGAAAUGGUAGUAGCAAGCAAAUCUCCUAUUCCUACGAGCUUACUUGAGGGUGAAGUAAAAGACGGUCUCAAGAAUAUACAAGAACGUGUAAUUCUCUCAAUCAAACGAGCAAACAAUAGUCCGCAACCGUCGGUAACACCAGAAUCCGAUCCCAAAAAAUCCGAUGAAGAGUGCCUCCAAACACUUCAGGAAAUCCCGGGAACGUCUCAAGAUUUGCCCUUUUACUUUUUCUUGUUCUGCCUCAGGCUCCUUGAAACCAUCACAAUGGCUAAACCGGAGGAGAACAAAGUCAAGGUCUUAGAAAAAUCCAAAACGAGGUCUUGGAUAAACGAUUGGGACAGCAAGAAGGUCAUGCCCGUGUUAAAGCUCUCGCUUUCGUUAGGUUUUGCCAUUUUGCUAGGUUCGAUGUUUAGUAAGCCAAACGGAUAUUGGGCUGGUUUACCUGUAGCGGUCAGCUUCGCAGCGGCUAGAGAGGCGACGUUUAAAGUGGCGAAUGUGAAGGCACAAGGGACAGUGAUAGGAACGGUGUAUGGAGUGAUGGGUUGUUUUGUGUUUCAGAAGUUUUUGUCAGUUAGGUUUCUUUCGCUGCUUCCAUGGUUUCUCUUCUCUAGCUUCUUGAGCAGGAGCCGGAUGUACGGACAGGCCGGUGGUAUAUCGGCAGCUAUAGGAGCCGUUUUGAUUCUCGGAAGGAAGAAUUUUGGCCCACCAAGCGAGUUCGCGAUCGAGAGAAUCAUCGAGACGUUUAUUGGUUUGUCUUGUGCCAUCAUGGUGGAGCUUAUCUUUCAGCCCACGAGAGCCGCUAACAUAGCUAAACUUGAGCUCUCUAGAAGCUUCCACGCUUUGUACGAGUGUGCAAGCUUGUUUGGAGCUAAAGCGAGUAAAGCAGAGAUAAUGGAGAGUCAAAAGAAGUUGAGAAGUCACUUAAAUGAGCUCAAGAAGUUCACGGCAGAAGCCCAUGCAGAGCCANCU